AUGUAUGACAGGGCUGAAAUUUUGCGCUAUCAGGAAUGGCAAGAUUGUCAGUGUCAUGGUGGAAUCCAUCAUGACACUGAUUAUCAUGAUUCCAAUCCUAAUUCCACCAUGGUCAAUGUAAAGGUUCUUGAAAGAGGUAUCGAGAAAUUUGCUCAAGCACGUUUUUACGGUCCUAUUGCUGGAAUAGUUUUGUUCCGAUGGUUGGACAGUCAAGUGGGCGAUGAUAUUGAUACAGUUAUCCACACAAAUUUACAUCAUAUUCACAAACAGAAAUUGCAGUCACUAAACUACACCGAACAUCAUUGGAAAAUAUACAUUACUGAUAUUUUAGAAACUGGCAAAGGUAAAAACAACUGCAAUAUACUCCAAAAUGUAUUCAAUCCUAAUAAUUCUGACGUUGGAAAAUCUAUGGGAGAUGUCGAUGUACGUUUAGGCAAAAUAAAAAUUGCUAUUGACUCACAGGAAAGAUAUAAAACUUUUUAUAGAGAUUCAGAACUAUCUUUACUACCAACGAAUCUGCUUGGUCCACAUCGUCACUUAUACUUAGUUAUCUUCCAUUCUGUGCACGAGGAUUCGUUUCUGGCCUGUACGAAAAUAAAUCAUCGUAAGCCAACAUAUACCAAGUAA